CAAUGCAUAAAGGAUGGAAAAAGUACUGCGGCCAGAAGACUUUGAGUGAGGCAACAAUGGAUGAAUAUUUAGGCACUUUAGGGCUCUUUCGAAAGGUGAUUGCCAAGGAUGCCUCUUGCCUCUUUCGGGCUGUUUCUGAGCAGUUGUUUUACAGCCAGAUCCAUCAUUCACAAAUCAGGAAAGUUUGUGUCUCAUAUAUGAAGGAACAUCAACAAGAUUUUGAGUCUUAUGUGGAGGGAUCUUUUGAGAAAUAUCUGGAACGGUUGGGAAAUCCCAAGGAGAUUGCUGGCCAGCUGGAACUAAAAGCUCUUUCUCAAAUAUAUAAGCGAGAUUUCAUUCUUUAUCAGUCUCCUGGAAAGCCUCCAACUCAAGUCACGGAUAAUGGCUUUGAAGAAAAGAUUCUUCUUUGUUCUUCAAAUAAUGACCAUUAUGAUUCUGUGUAUUCAAAAGAAUUUCAGUCAACUGCAGGAGUUUGUCAAGCUAUAUUAUAUGAAAUGCUUUAUAAAGAUGUUUUUGAUGUGGAGGAGGAAUUAUUGAAAACUGCAGUUGAUUUGUUCCGAAGUGGCUCCAGGAGAAACAAAAACCAUGCCACGACUGGAAAUGCAGAAGGCAAUACUGAUCAGAAAAGCUCAACCGAGAAUAGCAAUGAAGAGGUUGGUGCCUGCUCCAAUGUCGAAAGUACACCAAAAGCCAGUAAACAAGGAACAGAAGAAGUAAAGUUUUCAGAAAAUCCACCGAAGAUGCCUUUUCCUUAUAAGGUGCUGAAAGGUCUGGCUCCAGAAAUCUAUCGCAAUAUAGAAUUUGAUGCUUGGUUGGACAGUAAUAAAGAACUUCAAAAACCAGAAUGCACGGAAUAUGCUGGAAGACAUUACUGUUUGGGCGACAAGUGUCAGGUUUUCAUGGAACCAGGUGGAAAAUAUUACAAUGGUCAUAUUCAAGAAAUUGAAAAUGAUAAAAACUCAGUAGUAGUUUUCAUUGAGGAAUUGGCAGAAAGGCAUGCAAUUCCACUGGCCAACGUAAAACCAGUCAACCAAGUGGCACUUCUUCCUCCCUGGAAUGCUAUACCUCUUCAUCAAUUAACAGGUUACCAGAGUCUAAAUGGAGUCUAUUUCCCUGAAAUGGUUAUGGCAGAGAUGAACAUGAAACAACGGAAGAAGAUGUUGAAGAAAGUUCGAGGGAAAGAAGUUUACAUGACUAUGGCUUAUAGCAGGGGAUGUCCCCUUCUGCCAAAUAGGAUUCAGCAUAAUAUGCAAUAUAGGCAUGACCCACUAUUGUACUACUCACAGACAACUGGCCAGAUUAUGUCUACUGGACAUUUCUACCCUCAACAUUCAUCUCAGAGACCAGGUUGGGGCUGUGGGUUGCCCAGGGAUUCAUCUCACUUACUAAACAGGCAAAACAUUCCAAAUCCUAAAGUUGGAUUUUAUCCUGGUCCAGGUAGAAAGUGCUGCCAGAGCUCUGAUAAUGUCUCAAAUAAGUCUCGGCGUAGCCACCGUAAAACAAAUAAGGGAUGCCAGUAUGGUUUUGCUCCAGAGAAUGGAGCGGAAGAAGCUGUUACAUAUUAUGCACUUGAAGAAGGGAAUGAGACUGCUUAUCCAACUUUACCUAGAAAUGGUGGUCCCUCUACAACGAAUCCUGCUGCUUCAGCAUGUUACAUGGCAAGGAAGGGCUAUAGCUCAAGCAAACCAGCUUUGAAUGGAAAAAACAGCAAAGUCCAGUGUGACAACGAACAAAACUAUGAAACUUCCAGUGUAUAUACCUCAACUGUAUCGACAGCAAACCUGUCUCUUCAGGACAGUGGACCAUGUUCUGUGCCUCAAGACACAGUUACCUCAUACAACUACCAUCAGCAGAUAUUAGAAAGUUCUCCAGCAAUUGCAGCUUCAUGGGCCAGCCAUGUUCCAGUUCUAGGUUUAUCUAAUUGUACAGGAGAUAAUCAAUCUGUCAGUAACUCUGAUGUUCCUUCACAAAAUGCCACAGAACCUGUCUUUGUACCUCCACCUGCACAAGACAAUCCAGGCUAUCUUCAGCCUGCUGCGGAAGCAGCCCCAGCAGUAGCAGCACCACUACCAUUGCCGCCUCCGCCACCUCCUCCUCCGACUCAUCUUGAAGCAGGAGAUGCUUCUGGCUUACCUCUGCCACCCCUGCUACCACCUUAUUCCUAUGAUCCAAGUGGGAGUGACCUACCCCAAGAUACAAAAGUUUUGCAGUACUAUUUCAAUCUUGGAUUGCAGUGCUGUCAUCACAACUAUUGGAACUCCAUGUUCUAUAUGCCACACAUGCAGCAGCAGCAGCAGCAGCUUCAUGUCGAGAGUUAUCCAGAGUACACCGAGCAACCUCUGGUAGACCAAAGUGUUCCUCACUUGUAUGGUGAUGUAGUGAGAACAGAUGACACACAGGUGGAAGUGUCAACAAAUGAUACAUUUCCCAUGGCUGAAGCUAUGCCUGUCCCUCAGGGAGCAGUCUAUUAUCCAAUUAUGUCAUAUCCCUAUGGGGCGCCUCUGCCAGGUUUUGAUUCCUGUAUUCCUGUUGCAUCAGAUUAUUCCAGUAUUGUCAUGUGGCAUCCAGUUGGUGCAGCAUAUGGUGCUUCUGCCCAAGUCCAUGGUGCUAUUAAUUCUGGGCCAGUGAGCUAUGUAUUUCUCCCUAACUCACCUCAAUAUACACCUCAGAAUUAAGAUUUUGGCGAUAUGUAAUACCUUUCUGCUGCCAUUUUUACUGUUAUUGUUCAUAAAUGUCUUAUGUUAGUCUUUAAGUGGUUUAGUUGGUAAGAAUGUUCAGUAUCAUAUGUCUUUAAAAAUUAUUUUACUUUAGAAGCAAAUCUUUCUUUAAAACAAAGGGAUAUUACUUUGUAUUAUGAAUAAGAAAGUUGGAAUGAAUGUACUACUAGUUCAUUGGCAGCAGCUUCCUCUUAACCAGCUUGUUAACAUUGUGUUAACUGAUGAUGCCAAUGGAUAAAAGAAGGAAAAUAUACAAGCUCUUUUCUUAUGAUAUGAUCACCUUAAUCCACUGUUUAAAAUUUGUAUGAUUUCCACUUUUCACGAAAUUUAAAAAGAGAGAAAAAAUAACUCAACCAAACAAGAGACUAUGCUACUGAGCAUUUGUUUAUACUGAAAGAGAGUUCUUCAAGUUUUGUUUAGAAUUGUCAGAACUGCAUUUCUGUCUGAUAGUGAUCAGUUGUGAAGGCACAUGGUAUUCUGCUUCAUGUUCGCCAGAGAUGGUAUUGUUAAAUACUGGAUUUACAGAACUGUCCCACUGUACAGUAUUAUGGUGUCCUUUGCACAAUUUGCAGUAAAUAAAAA